GGGCCGGCAAGUCUUGGGCUUCAUCUGCACAUUGACGGCCCAUUGAGCACGCGCCAAUCUCUUCUCCUUCUUAGCCUUCAGCUUCUCUUGCCUGCGCACUUCACGACGCUGCUCCAUGUCCAGGAAGGGGGCGGUGGAUGUCAUGGAGGAUGCGGAUGCGCAGGUAGUCGUCCCAGACACGGCCGCGGUUGUCGGCGGCCACCUGGAGGACGCGGCCCAGGCGCUCGCCCAGUGCCCUACCGACCUACUCGUUCAUCAUGGACAGGGGCAGGUCCAUGAUUCGCACCCAGACCGGCAUGUACCUCAGGGUGAUGUCAGAAGCAGAGGAUCGCCCGUCGUACGCCUCCAGUAGCAGCGCGUCGCCGUGGUGAGUCCACGGCCCUCCCGCGAGCACAUGGCGGUAGUGCCCUUCAUGAUGAAAUUCGAUGAGAAACUUCUUGUCUGCGAGGGCCUUGUACAUCAUACCUCCGCGCAGUUGCCAGAUGGUCUUCAUGCGGAGGAACAGGGAGUAGGCGCUGAAGACGCCGCUGGUGUUGAAGCGAGCGAUGACGAUGUAGUUGUCGCUGAGUUCCUUCUUCAGCUCGUCGAAGUCGGCGAUGAAGGUGGUGUCGUCCUCCUCCAGGUGCGUGUCAAGGCGCAGGGGGUCCAGCUGUCCCCCAGCCUCGCGCUCCGCCAGCAGCUGCAGGGCUCUGCUGUUGGAGCCCUCCACGACAUGACUCUUCCCCUUUCUCCUGGAAAUGGUUAAAUUAGGAGUCCUAGUUAAUAGUAUCCUUAGUUAGAAAGAGAUAAAUGGUUUAUAAGGUUUAUAAAGUGCCUAAAAAGUGUAUACUAUCAGUUUUAAAAACUUAUAUAAAGAAUGUAACAGUUACUAGCC